AUGUACAUUACAUGGACACGAUCAUGCUCACAACUUCGUAACGACCAGUUUGUCCGUGGUAGGACUCGUGCUCCCUCGUACAACCUGCCAAAUCACCUAAGCACCUUACAUUGUUUGCAGCAAGAUAUGGGUGAGCCUACAGAGGAAAUGCGAAUCGACCCGUCCAGAGCUCAAGCGCUCGCCAGCCACCUCAGCUCCGUACGUGAGCGAGUCGCAGCCGUCGCCAACGGACGAAAUAUCCGCCUUGUUGCCGUCUCCAAGCUCAAACCUGCCAACGAUAUCCUCGCUCUCCAUCGUGCCCCCGCCAGCCAUGCCGAUUUCGGUGAAAAUUAUGCUCAAGAGCUGAGCCAGAAAGCUGACCUCCUGCCCCGUACGAUUCGAUGGCACUUCAUCGGCGGCCUGCAAUCCGGUCACUGUAAAUCCCUUGCCAAGAUCCCCAACCUCUUCUGCGUCUCCAGUGUCGAUAGCAUCAAAAAGGCCCAGCUUCUCAACCAGGCCCGUGCAAGCCUCCUCUCCGUCAACCCCUCCCUCCCUAAGCUCUCCGUCCACGUGCAGGUCAACACAUCUGGCGAGGAUGCCAAGUCCGGCUGCGCCCCGGGGCCAGACUCUGUCGCCUUGUGCCGCGAAAUUGUAGAAAACUGCCCCAGCCUGCACCUGCUCGGCCUCAUGACCAUUGGCGCCAUCGCCCGCAGCAAAGCCACGACGACGGAUAACGACAACGAGGACUUUGUGGCUCUCAGGGAGCAGCGGGACCUCGUCGUACGGGAGCUGGCGCUGGCCGACGAUUGUCUGGAGCUGAGCAUGGGUAUGAGCGAGGAUUUUGAGGGCGCUAUCACGCAGGGUAGCGGUGAGGUGAGAGUGGGCAGCAUCAUAUUCGGCCAGAGGCCAGCAAAAGCGGAUGCCCAAAUCAAAGAAUGA